AUGAAUUCAUCACAACAAAUUCAGUCUGACAAGUCCAUGAAUCGAUGUGGCAGUUUCCACGAUUUAUUAGGAAUUGAGGACAAUUUUGAUGGUAAUGAAAACAUGAAUUUUCUAAUGGUGCCGCAGCAAGUAGUAGCAACAGCGGAAUUGGUGCAGUUAAUCCUUUGCUUCCCCACUCAGCCUAAUGAUGAACAGUUACAACAGCUUGGAUUCGAACGAUAUUUUUCAGACCAAUUGCUUCACAUUGAGAAUGGUGAUGGCAUGUCUGGGGAGGAAACGUCACAACUGAAAAUUUUAGUAUGGGCUCAAUGGCAGCUCUUAUCGGAUGCAGAAAAGAAGAAAUAUAUUGACCUUUCACUCAAUGGUGACAUGACAGAGACAUCAUAUAUUGCUUCGUCACAACCACAACAAUCACAACUACCAAUACGUAGAGAUUCCAAGAAUUCAAUGGAUGACACAACCACUACAGGAAGUAACAUGUUAUUGUAUCCACAACCUAAUGCCACUAUUGCAUCCACUCUCUCAAACAAUAAUUAUAACAGUAAGAAGAGACCAUCUGUAAAUGAAUAUGAGGAUAAUGAUAAUGGAGAGCAUCAAGAUAAUGCAUCGAAGAGAGCGGAUCUUUCAAAUCGAGUGAAGAAACCUAUCAGUGGUUACAACAGCUUUGUGAAGAGUGUGUUCCCUACGUCAAAAGUGGAAGUCAAUGAGCGAAGAGGAGAAAAACCUUACUUGGAAAUUGCAAAACAAGCUCAACCAAUUGUCAAGAAACCACUCAAUGCUUAUAAUAUUUAUUGCAAGGAAAAGUAUUCACAAUUUAAAGCGGAGAAUCCCACGCUCCCACCCAAUGAGGUGAGUAGAAUGGUCGCUCAAUCAUGGAAGAAUGCUAGCAAGCAAGAGAAGCAAACCUAUUUUGAAAUGGCAGAUCAAUGGAAGAAGGAUCAUGGCAUGCAGGAAACAUCUGCUGCUAAUGGUCAUGAAGGAUCUUCCACCGACGAUUUAAAACCAAAAACAAAGAAGAAAAAGACGUAG